AUGCGUUUCUCCGUGCAGAUCCUCGUGGCCGCUCUGGCCGCGCUCCUCUGCGCCGUCUCCUCCACCGAGGCCAAGCUGCAGCGCGGUCUCGCGUGGGGCGUCAACGACAACUACGGCCCACGCAUCGCCAAGGGCCUGGUCAAGUGGUACUGGCACUGGCAGGACGGCCCCAACCCCAAGUUCAACGGCAAGCUCGAGUGGGUGCCGUGCUUCUGGGGCCCCAAGUACUACUCGCAGUGGAACCAGCGCAAGCAGGAGAUGAAGGGCAACCUGCCCAAGUACCUGCUGAGCUUCAACGAGCCCGAGAUCCCCGGCCAGUCGAACCUCGACCCCAAGUACGCCGCCAAGCUGCACAUGAAGGAGCUCGAGCCGUACGCCAAGAAGGGCGUCAAGAUCAGCUCGCCCCAGAUGGUGUACAAGACCGAGUGGCUGCAGGAGUUCAUGGACGAGUGCAACAAGCUCGGCUGCACCAUCGACUUUAUCGCCAUCCACUGGUACGGCACCACCAAGGACAUGGCCAAGUUCAAGAAGUGGAUCAAGACCAUCCACUCGCGCUUCAACAAGCCCAUCUGGGUCACCGAGUACGGCAUCACCGCCGCGUCGGGCUCCAACAUGGGCGCGAUCAAGAAGUUCCACAUGGACGCCACCGCCUGGAUGACGCAGGUCAAGUACGUGCAGCGCGCCGCGUGGCUCGGAUGCUUCGAGAUCAGCAACCCUCCCGACUCGUACGCCAACAACAAGAACGCCUUCCUCAACGGCAAUGGCUCGCUGCGCGACAUUGCGUACUGGUACAUGUACACGCAGAACCCGCACAAGCGCUCGGCGCACUCGAACCGCGCGCUGCCCACCUCGCACGUCGCCCGCCGCGCCGUGACGCACAAGGACGAGGAGGGCAACACGAUCGUCGACGACGAGGACCCCUUUGAUGCGCCCGAGCACAUUGUCGAGUGCGACGAGUACUGCCUCGCGCGCCAAAAGGCGGUCGACGCCUGGGAGGCCGAGCACGGCCCCAUCAGCGACGAAGACGAGCUGGACAACGACGACGACGAAGAGUAA